AUGAAAGUCGCCGGUCUCCUCCGCCGAGGAUCUCUUUCGGCCCUUGGUACUGAUUUGUGGAAUCAAGUUUUCGCAAGCUCUUUGCUGAGUCUGAUAUCGCCGUGGGCGGGUUCCCAAGGAGGCCGCUAUCGUCGUUCAAGGGAGCCUCGACCGCCGGCCCCGCCACCGCCACCGCGUAGACAUUCUGACCCCGAUUCCAACUCACUCACUAACACACAACAAAAAGUACUCAGACGCUUCUCAGAAGUAAGACACAACACACAGGAGAUCGAUCUCCGACAAGAACUUCUACAACUUAACCUCAACAAUCGAGAAGUCGAUUCGUGGCUUGGAAGCAAAUUCGAUGAAAAGGAAGAGUACGAAAUCGAUUUCAGAUUUGAACACGAUAUACCCUUACAGCGAUCGAUUUCUUUAGAUCGCGGAUUAGAUAUAGUCAACUACUUGCAGACCCUUUCAGAAUGUUCGGAUAGCAAUGAAGAAGUGUAUUGGACGAUCGGUUAUGAAAUCGAUUCCAAUUUGCGACUCGAACAGUACAGAAGUUUUGAAGAUAUACCAGUUUCUCCUAAAGUGAAAAGCCGACAUAUAUCUGUGGAUGUCACGAAUUUGUACAGCAACAACAGCACAGCUCUUUCAGUGCUUAGGGAUAGUUACAAGGGACUUGAAUGUGAUAGUGGCAGCGUUACUCCCCAGAUAAAGAAAUUACAAAAAACAUACUCGUUCAAGAAUUUCGACGAGUAUAGGGAGUCCCGAAAAAGUUCGACAGAACAUUUAGAGAGGGUCAAAACUGAGGUCGAUAUGCAUAGAUUGGAAGUGAGAGUUCCAAUGUACAGGAGCGUAUCUUACGAUGGAAGAAACACGAGUGAUGAUACAGAGAAUAGAAAUGUACGCCAACGAAAAUUCGGUGUAACUACGAAUGUAUGGCAGGAAAAUACCAAUAAUAGUUUAAGGAAGGAAGUUCUUACGAAACAAAAUUUGACUCAUUUUAAGAGUUGUGAUGAUAUAUACAAAAGAAAAGAAUUUUCUCGAUGUAACUCGAAUGAAGGCAUCGAUACUACGUUUAAAGGAACGAAAUACGAUUCUGGAGCUAUAAAUAAUCUUCGUAAACUAAAAAGAACCUAUUCAACUAUCAUACCUAAGUUAAAAGACCGCAAUCUCCCUAAGAUAGUUGUCACAGAAGUAUCGAGUUCCGACAGUAUUGCAAGUAUUGAAACAGAUAAUGUAAUAGAUUCUUCCAAUUUAGUAGGUGUAGAUAGUAAUUGUGAUUGUAGAAUUUGUAGCGAGGGUGAAAGAGAACAAAAUCAAUCGUUUUUGGGCAGGAAUUUACAGAAGAUUUUUAUGAAAAUAGUCUCGUAUAAGGAUUACGGAAGAAAUUUAAUUUGUUGGGAGGAUAAUAACAAUUAUAAUGAGAGUGAAAUGUUCAAUUGUUUCAUACAGCUUUUGAAGAUGUUGUUAGGUCUGUGGUUGAGACACUUUGAUCACAAACCACAAAAUCUAUCGCUGGCUGCUAGUGUA